GGGGUGCAUUAGGCACUGCUUCAUUCGCGGUCGUGGUCAGAAAAGGUCAAGAUGGCACAGCAGGGAGCAUCCAUGCAGAACUACAAUAAUGAGCUCGUCAAGUGCAUUGAGGACCUGCGGGAGAAGCGCGAGGAGGUGAACCGCAACAUUCUCAAGGAGGAGGAAGAGAAGGCCAAGAUUCAAAAGGAUCUUACCGUGCUCACGGACCGAUUGAGCAAGAUCAACGAGACCCUCGCGCGCAAGACGCAGGCACGGAAUGAAUACGACCGCACAAUCCAAGAGACUGAAGCAGCGUACAUGAAGAUCCUUGAGAGCUCGCAGACCCUCCUCCAUGUCCUCAAGAGAGAAACCGUCCAGCUCACCAAGAAGAAGCAAACCUCCACGUAGAGCUCAUUGCGUCGUCGCAAACGCCGCGCCGCGGCGACUGCGUCACCAUCUCGCACGCUGAUUCUGUUUUGUCAUGGACCUUGCCAUUAGUAAUACUACGCAAUCCUUACUAGUAGUGCUAAAUGUAUACCGUGAUGGAGUG